AUUAACACUAGUGGGUGAGAAAAUAGCACGAAAAAAAAACUUGUGAAAAAUUUUAUCUGGUUGUGUGUGCCUAAAGAUUAGAACCAACAUAAUGCUACCUCAUAAAAAUAGAAAAAAAAAUAUAUUAUAAAUACCAAGUAUGCAGUUUACAGUGCAUGUGCCCGCUUAUCAGGGCAGUGAAUUUUGGCGUGCGACGCUCUAAAAAUUUUAUAUAAACGCGAGAACGAAAGGUGGACGUGAAUUGUGGAAAGGCAGUACCCGUGGCCUGUGAGAAAAAGGAAACCAACAAAGUGUGACAAAAAAAACAAUCAAAAGCAUAAAUUUAAUUUAAAAGCAAAGACGAAAGAUGGACGUGUAUUGUGGCGAGUGGUUCUUGUGUAUUUGCGGCCAUACUAAGAAAACUACGUGUAGCGUUUGUUUAGACUUAAUAACUGCAAGGGUUUUACGCUUGCUACACUGUUUUCUUAAGCUGACGCACAAAAUUAAAUUAUAUUAUUAGUUGUGUGUACAAAUGCAAACAUAAUUCGGUGUAUGUGUACGGUCGGUGUUAUGCAGAAAUUUUGUUUGGCAAACUGCGUGAAAUUGUUGUUGCAGCAAACUCGGAGAGAGAAAGUUUGGUGACUCUCACAGCAAACUAAAUUUGUUGGGCCAAACAGAUGAAAAAUAAGUGUUGCCAUACACAAAAAUUUGCUGGAAAAUACAGUAUUGCCAUACCGAUAUGGUAGAUGUUGCGGUUAUACACAAAACAUGUUUAUUCCAGAAGAAAACGCGCUGAGUAUAUGUACUGCUAACGCAAAAUUUUCGAUAUAAAGAUAUUUAAUAUCCGCGCGAAUAUAAAAGUUAUUAAAGUGAGUAUUUGUAUUACAAAAACAUUAUUACUUAUUUGUGUGUCGUUAGAAAAUGACUAAGCAAAGAAAUUUGUGAAAAUCUAAAGUGGGUCAAUUAAUUUUUAUAAUUAUAGAAAUGUCUAUCUCCUGGAGCCGAGCGUUAACGGAAGAAUUAAUAAAUCUUCUCCAGGCCCGAGAGUGUCUUUGGAACACAAAGCAUUGCCAUUAUAGUGACAGGGAUAAGCGAAAUGCGGCAAUAAAUGGAAUUCACGACGUUUUGGUGACGAAAGAUCCCCUUGUGACCCCAAAAAACAUUAGGGAAAAAAUUCAAGAACUGCGCUCACAAUUUCGGAGAGAAGUGAGGGCAAUUGAAGCCAGUAAACGGAGUGGAUGCGGCGCAGCAGAUGUGAAAACACCCAAAAUGUGGUGUUACGAGCUGCUCCAGUUUCUACGUCCAAACGUAGAAAUAAGGGUGACGCAGGAUAGUUUAAAUGAUGAAAACAGGCCACAAACGAGAUACGAUACGGACAAUAAUAUAAACACGGACAACGCCUCGUUGAGGGACGAACCGUCGGUUUCAUCAUCUUGCAGAAAACGAAAUAAGGCUCAUUUUCAACAAAAGGUACAACAGGGAUUAAAAGAGUUGACAAAUAUAAUGGUGACAAACACAAAAAGGAAAUAUGAGUGGUUUGGCGAGGAGGUGGUCAGCAUACUGGAUGGUAUGAAAAGUGAGGACGUUGCUCUGGAAACCAUUGAUGCCAUCCAUUCCCUGCUAUCUUCCGCCAGAAAAAAAGACAAGGAAGUAACAAACUCCGCGACAACUCGGGAUAUUUUAAGUUUAGCUUUAGAUGGUGUUUUAGAUGAUAGCGAUUUGGAAUAGAUUUUAAGUUAAUGUAAGUUUUUAAUGAAUUUUACGGUUGUGGUAGGUGAUGAGUUUUAAUGAAUUUUUUUAUUUUUACUUAAUAUCGUCACCUGACAGGAAGAGCGACCUAUGUCGGCAGCCAAUUCGAAAACGGCCUAUCUCAGAAAUUAUUCAAGAACGCCCCACUUCAGAAUUUGACUGAAGAACGCCCUAUUUCAGAAUUUUAUUGAAAAACACCCUAUCUCAGAAUUCGGCUCAAAAACGCCCUAUCUCAG